AUGGAUUUUGUGACGGGACAUCCGAGGUCAAAGAAGGGGAAUGACGCCAUUUGGGUCAUAGUCGACAGGUUGACAAAGACAGCUCACUUUUUGCCUAUGCAAGUAUCUGAUGAUGCAAAAAAGCACAGUAAGCAGUAUGUGGGGCAGAUUGUCAGGCUCCAUAGGGUUCCGACUGAUGGUCAGUCAGAACGUACCAUUCAGACAUUGGAGGAUAUGCUACGAGCUUGCAUCUUAGAUUUUGGAGGCAGUUGGGAAGAUCACUUGCCUUUGACCGAGGUGGGAGAGACAGCUGUCUUGGGUCCCGACAUUGUUAUUGAGACCACGGAGAAAAUCAAGUUGAUUCGACAGUGGUUGGUCAGGGCUCACAGUAGGCAAAAAAGCUAUGCUGAUAAGAGGAGGAGACCAUUGUUCUUUGAGGUAGGAGACCAUGUUUUUCUCAAGAUCGCUCCAUGCAAGGGAUUGAUGCAUUUUGGGCGAAGUGGCAAGUUGUCUCCUUGGUUCAUUGGGCCCUUCGAGAUCUUGGAUUGCGUUGGUGAGGUUGCGUAUCGCUUGGCGUUACUGCCACAUUUGGAUAGGGUUCACAAUGUCUUCCAUGUUUCUAUGUUGAGGAAGUAUGAGCCAGAUCCGUCACACAUUUUAAGAUGGGCCGACAUUGAGAUUGAUGAGAAUGCAACUUACGAGGAGGGGCCAGUGCAGAUUCUCGACACUAGGGAGCAAGUGUUGAGAAACAAAACCAUUCCAUUGGUUAAGGUUUUAUGGAGGCAUCACGGAGUUGAGGAGGCUACUUGGGAACAAGAAGAGGAGGUUCAUUCCAAGUACCCGGAUUUGUUCGCGACUUGA